AUGCUGGGACGAAUUAUUUUUGCCUGGAUGCAGGGGACAAAUCUAGAUUGCAAUGCAAAGCGAUGUCGGUUCAUGGCAGACAUAUUGAAUGACUUUGCAAUUUUCCUUGAAAUAGUUGCUCCCAUAAUUCCUGGAUUUUUCACACUCAUAAUUUGUAUUGCUGGCUUAUGUAAGUCCAUUGUUGGUGUAGCUGGAGGUUCAACACGGGCAGCUCUGUCACAACAUCAAGCACGAAAAAACAAUAUGGCUGAUGUUGCAGUGAAAGAUGGCAGCCAGGAAACACUUGUUAAUGUGACUGCUCUAUUGUUUAGUCUAGCAAUGACACCCCUCAUCACUGGAAAUCAACCUCUCAUCUUAUUCUUGUUUGCUGCCUUUACAUUCCUUCAUCUAAUCUCUAACUACAUGGCUGUGACAUCUGUGGUCAUGGAAACUCUCAACCAAGCUCGUCUGUCUAUUCUGGUGAAAGAAUUUUUAAAAUCUACACAGGCUUUAUCUGUUCAAGAGGCUAAUUACCAAGAACCUGUUAUUUUUAAAACCUCCAUGAAAAUGUCCAUUCAUCUUGGUACUUCUCUGAAGAAUGCUUGCUCUGAUGAAGAGGAUUUUAACACCUUGAAAAAAAUCUAUGGCUCAUCAAAGUUUUUAACAUCUGCUGACCUCAAUGAAGAUCACAUCCACAUCCUCCUCUGCACUGGUUGCACUGUUGAUGACGAGUUACAAGCCUGUUUUCAAGCAGAAGUCAUAAAUGCUGCAAUGGAUUGCAACAUCCCAGAGAAAAAUCUUGAAAAGACAAGCCUUCUUCAGAAAUUAGUCCAAGCUGCAAGAGAAAGUGAGUAUUUGUCUUGA